AUGGCGACGAUUAUAUUGCGAGCGCCACUUAGCCGAAUAUCUGGAAACUUUGGAAGCGAGCUACUUCGAGGCUCAAAGAGAGGAAUAAAACAGGUAAAGCGAGUUAAUGCGGAGAAUAGCGAAUCUACCUUAGAGGAGGACAUCGUGCAUCAUAUUCCCAUGGCAAUUAUACUGCCGCAAUUCCCGCAUCUCACCGAAAUUUACCUCAACUUUGGUAUGAUCUACAUGGACGACGGUUUUGAGUGGCGGGAUUUCGAAUUCUCGCUGGAGGAUUGCAUAAGUUUGGGGGAAGGAAUUAAAGCCAGCCCGAAAUUGAAGAAAUUCAGUUUAACCCGCAGCAACUUGGAUCGCCCACGAAUCGCCGCUAUUCUUCAAGGAAUGGUGUCGAACGAUAACAUCGAAGAACUGGAUGUGUCGCAUUGCAAGUUGAUGGACACCGGCGCCCACGCAGUGGGUGAAUUUCUGUCGAUGCAUCGGAAAUUGAAAACUCUGUAUUUGACGAACAACAGCAUAGGACCGAUCGGAAUGGCUGGCAUCGUUCAUGGAAUAUUGAAAGCCAGCUCGACUGCUCUGAAAAAUUUGGACUUCAGACUGAACCCUCUGCAAGACGAGGGAGCUGAUCACGUAUGUGCUCUUCUAGUGAGAAACAAAACGUUGGAAACUUUGAAUAUCAGCGGCUGUGAAUUAGGAUCUGAAGCCGGCAUAGCGCUUGCAGGAGUCCUUUCUUCCGGCUGCGUGAAACUUGAAAUCCUAUCUCUCGAUAUAUCGAACAACGAUUUUGGAUUAACUGCUGGGGAGUCAUUCGAAGCGGCCGUGGCCUCCUGCUCGUACAUUAUCCAUUUGGAUGGUCGAAUGUGCAAUUUCUCGAAAGAAUCGGAGUACUCGAUCAAUGAGAGGGCGUACAGGAAUAAACAAAAUAUGAAAAAGGAAAGGAACAGAGCAACGUUUUCUCUAAGACACGUCCAUAAUUCAUCUAGCGCCAAGAAUCUGCAACAACAUCCGGAAGUUGGGUCGUCAUUCUCAGAGUCGACGAGCAUUGUGAAUCAUUUUACUGGCAGACAAAUCGAUGUCGAUGAGGUAGAAAUGAUGAAAUCAAUUCUCAAGACUUGGCGUAGAAACAAUCCCGCCUAAUAAGGGAAGCAGACGAGGUCUCUCGUUUAUGGAAAAUUUAAGACACCAUUUGGCAGCAAAACCACGAGCGACGCAUCCAGCAGAGUUUUCAGAUAAAAAGCGAUCGCAUACAGGCUCCGUAUCCAUGG